AUGGAGCUAAAGACAAAAAGUUUCCUCUGCUUCGUUAGUAUUGCUUUGCUUAUCGGUGAAGCUUCUGCAUUAACUAUCCCAAGCAAGAGUACAAACCAGCUCACGCUUGUAAAAAGAGCUGAUGUUCCAACCGUGACAGUUUUCCAAUGUGCAAGUGAUGCAUUCGAAGCCGGCAAGGAUCAAGUUCAACAAAACGUAACAAACGCUUUGGCAAACGGUCAAUCUCAAUUGACAGAAGGUGCAGCUAAAGCACAAGAUGCUGCUUCUCAAGGUGCAGCUGCCGUUCAAAACCAAGUAGCAAGUGGUGCACAGAGAUUAAGUCAAACAGCUCAAGACGGUCAAGCACAAUUGCAAGCAGGUGCUGAUCAGGCAAGAAGUGCUGCCGCUGCUGGUCUCGCUUCCGUGCAAGAUGGUGCACAAAAGUUGACAUCAGCUGCCCAAGCCGGGCAAGCACAAUUGCAAAACAGUGCCAACUCUGCCAAAGAUGCCGUUACUAACGGAAUUGCAUCUGGUCAAGAACAAGCACAAGCAACUGCACAAAGAUUAGCUCAAGCAGCUCAAGACGGUCAAACACAAUUGCAAAACGGUGCCAAUUCUGCCAAAGAUGCCGUGACUAAUGGAAUUGCUUCCGGUCAACAACAAUUGCAAGCCGGUGCAGAAAAAGCAAAAGAUGCUGCAGCUGCCGGUCAACAGGCCCUAACGGAUACCGCUCAACAAGGUCAAGCUCAGUUGACGGAUGCCGCUUCAAAGGUUGCUAAUCGCAUUCAAACCGUUUCGAGUACCGCUCAAGAAGUUGGUCAAUCUAGCUUUGAACAAGGCCAAGGAGAUUUGAACAAUGAAAUUAGCGCUGAUCAAGCAUCUUUAGCAGGAUUCCAACAAGCCGGUCAGCAAACUGCUGCUGCUGCUCAACAAGCUGGUGCACAAAUUGCCGCCGCUGCAAAGCAAGCUGGUGAACAAGUUUCUGCCUCUGGUAAACAGGCUAUCGAACAAGGUGCUGCUUCAACCAAACAAGCUAUUGAUGAUCGUAUCUCUCGUUACAGUUCAGAUUUCAAUGAUGCAAUCACUUCUGGACAACAGAAUGGUGCCGCCCUUGCAAAUGCAGCCGUUCCUGGAAUCACACAAAAAGCACAAGAUACAGCUAAUGCUAUUCAAUCUUCAGCACAAACAGGAGCACAAAACGCACAAGCAGCAAUCGAUUCCGGAAAAACACAGAUUCAACAAGGUAUUGCCAAUGGGCAAGCUGCAGCUCAGCAAGGUGUUGCUAACGGUCAAGCUGCAGUUCAACAGGGUGUCACCAACGGUCAAGCUGCACUUCAACAAGGUAUUGCCAAUGGACAAAGUGCAAUCCAACAGGGUGCUGCCAACGGUGCAAGUCAAUUGAACAACGCAGCAGACCAAGCAAAGACCGCAUUUACAAAUGGUCAACAACAACUCUCUGAUGCAGCUCAACAAGGUCAAGCUCAGUUGACAGGUGCAAUUUCAAAAGGUCAAUCAAGCUUUACCAAUGCAGUUGGACAAGCACAAUCUUCUGGUCAAGAACUUCAAGGUAAAGCAGCUGAUGCCUUGGCAAAUGGUAAAGAUCAAUUGACAAACGCAGCCCAAAAUGGACAAGCUGCAGUUCAACAAGGUGUCACCAACGGUCAAGCUGCACUUCAACAAGGUAUUGCCAAUGGACAAAGUGCAAUUCAACAGGGUGCUGCCAACGGUGCAAGUCAAUUGAACAAUGCAGCAGACCAAGCAAAGACCGCAUUUGCAAACGGUCAACAACAGCUCUCUGAUGCAGCUCAACAAGGUCAAGCUCAAUUGACAGGUGUAAUUUCAAAAGGUCAAUCAAGCUUUGCCAACGCAGUCGAACAAGCACAAUCUUCUGGUCAAGAACUUCAAGGUAAAGCAGCUGAUGCCUUGGCAAACGGUAAAGAUCAAUUGACAAACGCAGCCCAAAAUGGAGCUGAACAAUUGUCAAAUGGUGCUAACAAUGCAAAAGAUGCAUUGACAGCCGGCCAAGCUCAAGUUCAAAGUGCUGUUCAACAAGGAGUAGCACAAGCACAAGCAGGUGCAACUGCAUUCCAAGACACUGUUUCAAACAGCAUCAUGCGUGGAUCUCAACAAGCACAAGAACAAGCUGCAAACUUGAAGAAUUCAUUGUCUGACAAUGCAUCAAACGUUGCCUCUCAAUUGAAUUCUUACGGUGAUAAUGCAAAGAGUGCUAUUGCAUCUGGACAGCAAAUGGCGGCUAAUGGAGCGGCACAAUUGCAAAGUGCAGCAUCUUCGGGAGCUAAUCAGUUGAAGGACGCCGUUUCUAACGGUCAAGCAGCUUUAGCAGGAGCUGUGGCUAUCGGUCAACAAAAAGGAGCUGAUGGAGCAGCCCAAUUGCAAAAUACAGUCUCUAGCGGUCAGGCAGCAGUAGCAGGAGCAGUUGCUAACGGUCAACAAAAAGCUCAAGAAGGAGCUGCUCAAUUACAAAAUACAGUAUCUUCCGGUGCCAGCCAGUUGAAAAACUCUGCUGCUAGCGGUCAGCAAGCUUUAGCAGGUGCAAUUGCCAGCGGUCAGCAAAAAGCAGCUGAUGGAGCAGCACAAUUACAAAGCACUACAUCUUCGGGUGCUAGUCAAUUGAAAGAUGCUGCUGCUAAUGGUCAAUCAGCUUUGACAGGUGCUAUCGUAAACGGUCAACAAAAAGCUCAAGAAGCAGCUGCCCCAUUACAAAAUGCAGCAUCUUCCGGUGCCAGUCAAUUAAAGAAUACCGCUUCUAAUGGUCAGGCAGCUUUAGCUGGUGCAGUUGCCGGCGGCCAACAAAAGGCAGCUGAUGGAGCAGCACAGUUACAAAAUGCAGCCUCUAGCGGUCAGUCAGCUGUAGCAGGAGCAGUUGCUAACGGUCAACAAAAGGCAUCCGAUACAGCCAGCCAAUUCAAAAAUACAGCAUCACAAGGAGCAGCACAAGCACAAAAUGCUAUCAGUUCGGGUAAGGAAAAUAUUGAAUCAGCCGCUGGCAAUCUGAAAGACAAAGCUGAUCAAACUUCCUCAUCAAUUCAGAACAACGUUCAACAAGCACAAAGCUCGAUCACAGACGCUAAAAAUACAGGAAGUACAGCGAUUACAAAUGGUGCAUCUCAAUUGAACUCUGGUGCUCAAAAUGGUGCUGAUCAAGCUAACGCUGCUUUUAAUGCAUUCAAAGCAUUGGCUGGCAAUAUCGCAGAAGGAGCACAGCAAAAGGUUGCUGAUGGUUCAUCAAAUUUAAAAGAUCAAGCUGCCUCUGCUCAACAAAAGGCACAAGAUGCAUUGAACAACGCCAAGCCUCCAUCAGCUCCAUCCACUCCUUCUUCCGCUCCUUCCACACCAUCCACAACCCCUGUUGAUACUCCAACACCCAAGUCCACCGUUUCCACUUCAGCAAACGCACGUCCGACGUUCUCUAUUCCAUCUGCUCCGAAACCUGAUGGAAGUAUUUUACAAAAGGUCACCGAUGCGUUCAAAGCUAUUCCCGUUCCCUCUACGUCUGUCCCUCUUCCAACCACCAAGACACUUCCAAGCAAAGCAAGUGCUACCGUUAACGGAGCUCUUGGUGUCAGUUUAGGACGCAAGUGAUGUGCUCUAUACUUCUUCUGUAUUGUUUCUUAUGUUUUGCAAUUUUAUGUGUUACGAUUAUCUUCCGUGAUGAGGUACAACUCUCUAUCAAUCCAGCGAGCGGUCUUUUUAAGAAAUAUUGAUUAGUCACGAUAGGUGUUCUGAUAGAAGAGUAACACAAACGAUGUCAGAUACGCUCCACUACACCCUGCUUGGACAAAGUCCGCAUUCCGUUUUGCUUAUCUUGGUCACCCGCACCUUUUUGUGUAUGUGACAGGCACACGGGUUAAAUAGAGCCGGUAUGGUGUGUACCUUGUC